AUGUUCCACUCGCCCGAGCUGAUGGUGACCGACGAGAUUGCGCGCGCGGUGCGAGAGGAUUUUCCCCAGCUGAGGGAUCGGGUUCCCGCUCCUGAAGAAGAUGUCAAUGGUGGAGCAAACAUGGUCAAGACGGACAUAUCGAAAUUCGAACAGGCGUUCGGCGGACAGCAGUGGAAGUCGGCCAGGGUCUCGGCCCGCGAGACCGUCGCGGACAUCGUGGCAUAUGAAGAGAAACAACGACAGGCGGCGGCGACGGAAUAA